GUUUUCUUGUUUCUUGCCUUUACAUUUUUUAAUAUAUCUACAGAGUAAUCCGACUGUCACUAGUUAUUGCUUCAUUUUUUAGAACCCUAAACCUUGAAUUCUCCUCCUUCACAAAUUCUGGUUUGGAGUUUGCUUCCCACUGCCAAUCCUGAGAAUCAUUGCUGGGUUUUUAAUUUGAUCAAUUGCUUUGGGUUUUUCCUUUGAAGCUAAUUUCAGGUAUGCUCUUCAAAUCCCAAGCCAUUUCUUCUUCCAUCUCCUAUCUAAAAUUUAACUUCAAUUCUUUCUUAAACCCUAAAUUCACCUUCCAAAUCAAGGCCAUUUCAAGCCUCAAAGUUAUUUGGAGGAAAGACCAGAAAUUAGACCAAGCCAUAGAAAACGAUAAACGAUACAAGCUCUGCGCCCGGGUCGUGAAGGAAGUGCUUAACGAACCGGGUCAAGUCAUCCCUCUCCGGUACUUAGAUAAAAGGCGGGAGAGAUUACGCCUUAAUGUCAAAGUUAAAACCUUUAUUAACAAUAACCCGGGUCUUUUCGAUACUUAUUAUGAUCGGAUUAGACCCAAAUCCGAGCGCGUCCCAUUUUUGCGGCCUAGUGAUAAGUUGAGGAAUUUUCUAGAGGAGGAGAAACGGAUUUAUAGUGAAAAUGAGGAGUUGGUUGUUUCUAAGCUUUGUAAAUUGUUGAUGAUGUCGAGAUAUAAGGUGAUUAGUGUGGAUAAAUUGGUUCAUGUGAAGAGAGAAUUUGGUUUGCCAAAUGAUUUUUUGGUUAAGUUAGUGCCUAAGUACAGGAAUUAUUUUAGGUUAACCGGGUCCCCUGGAGAAGGGCAAUCGUUUUUGGAGUUGGUUGAGUGGAAUCCUGAGUUUGCCAAAUCUGUUAUUGAGCAAAGAGCAGAAGAGGAAUCGAGGUUAACAGGGAUUCGGGUUAGGCCAAAUUUUAACUAUAAGUUACCGGCAGGGUUUUUUCUCAGGAAGGAAAUGAGAGAGUGGGUCAGGGAUUGGUUAGAGUUAGAUUAUAUAUCUCCUUAUGAGGAUGUGGCACAUUUGGAUCAAGCUUCGCGAGAAAUGGAGAAACGGAUGGUGGGGGUUUUCCAUGAGUUGCUUUCCCUCUCAUUGUUCAAAAGGGUUCCGGUGCCUAUAUUGGGUAAGUUUACCGAUGAUUAUAGAUUUUCAAAUGCUUUUUCUAGUGUGUUUACAAGGCAUUCGGGGAUAUUCUAUAUGUCAUUAAAAGGUGGGAUAAAGAGUGCAGUGCUAAGGGAGGCGUAUAAGGACGAUCAGUUGAUUGAUAAGGAUCCAUUGCUUGAGAUAAAGGAUAAGUUUAUUGAAUUGUUGGAGGAAGGAUGGCAGGAGAGAGCAGAGUUGUUGAGGUUGCGAAGAGAACAGGUUAAGAAGGACAUGGAAAUGAUGGCAAUGAGGAAUGAGGGAUUGCAUGAACUAAGUUGUGAUGAGGAGCCUUGAAUUUGAAAGGAUGAGGAUUUGACUUGGAAUUUGAGUUAUUGAUAAUGUUGAGCUCCACAUUUGGAUUUGAGAGGAUUGUAUUAAUCAUGUAAUCUUUUAUUGGAACUACAAUAGAGGCACAUAACAUUUUUGUCCAGGAUAUAUACUCAGAUUGUUGAGUCACAUUUUGAGAAUAAGAAGGGUUUUGCAUCCCAAGUAUUGGGCCUUCUGUACUCUUAUGUGGUAAAGCUGCUUCACAAGUUUACAACUGAUGUGAGAACAUGCUGGAUCUGUAACUUUCCUUCACAUGUGAGAAAAGUUUGCCCACUUUCCAGCUUUUGACAUUUUUGUUAAUUAGCACAUUUACACCAACUGCAGCUUCCUAAAAUGUUUUUUUUUUGUUAUAAAGUAGCCAUGAAAAGAACUCGCAUAGGUGCUUUCCAACCAUUAUGUGGCUUGUUGAAAGUAAAAUCUCCAUUUUUUGUGAGGAAUUUCUAUGAAAGUUUGCAUGGAUAUGGAUAUUUUUGUGUUUGAAGUUGUAUGGGAAGAUGUUUGUGGUAUCAACUAAUUCAAUGAAGUUAAGGUAAUCCAGCAUGUCUGUCUAAAGAACUAUAGCAAUGAUCAACAUGAAUAUUAACUUGCGUACUAGGACAUAUUUAUUUAUGGAUUUUGAUUUGAGACAUGUAAUGCACUGCUAAGACUUAAGACUAGAGAGUACCUGCAGAGGACAUAAUGUGUGUGGCAACUUAGAGAUGGUUAAACUGAGAAAAUAAAAUAAAGCUAUUAAGACCGUGUAUUAGAUCACUGCAUGAUAGUAAGGCAUUGUUCAAAACAGUAACACUUUGGUUUUGCACUUUGGAGGCUGACAUCCUUUGGAUGAGAAGAGUGACCUUAUUUGGGUGAAAGUAUUUCUUGAUCUCAUAGUUGAUUUUAACUAAGGAAAGCUUGUAGUAGGCAUUCCUUGGUAGUUGAUUUGCCGGGGGCAUCAAAGGGCCAGCAAUCGAGGCUAGAGCAGGAUUUUGAGAUUGCAUUGCAAUUUAGGGAGGGAAAGAGAAGGAGACUUCUUGGUUUGUUCCUCCUUUCUGUAUCAAUUGAUAAUACCUUGACUGUCCUGUAUUCUUCUUUGGUUGUUCUAGAAAUGGGAAGCCCGCUUCUAUAUUG